GCCAUGAAGCGGCCCAGGGACCGGAGUGGCUCCGACAGCGAGUCCGACGGACCGAUCGACGUGGGUCGCGAGGACGAACUAAGCCAGAUGGCCAGGCCACUAUCCACCGCCAGCCCUUCACAGAUGCAAGCCAGGAAGAAACGGAGAGGGAUCAUAGAGAAACGACGCCGAGACCGCAUCAACAGCAGCCUUUCUGAAUUGCGGCGCUUGGUCCCCACUGCCUUUGAGAAGCAGGGCUCCUCCAAGCUGGAGAAGGCUGAGGUCUUACAGAUGACGGUGGAUCACUUGAAAAUGCUCCAUGCCACUGGUGGGACAGGGUUCUUUGAUGCCCGCGCCCUGGCCAUUGACUUCCGGAGCAUUGGUUUUCGGGAGUGCCUCACUGAGGUCAUCAGGUACCUGGGGGUCCUGGAAGGGCCAAGCAGCUGUGUGGACCCCGUCCGGAUUCGCCUUCUCUCUCACCUCAACAGCUACGCAGCCGAGAUGGAGCCUUUGCCUACACCCACCAGCCCCCUGGCCUUCCCUGCCUGGCCCUGGUCCUUCUUCCACAGCUGUCCAGGGCUGCCAGCCCCAAGCAGCCAGCUCUCCAUUCUGGGCAGAGUGCCUGGCCCUGUCCUCCCCAGCAGCGCCUCUCCAACUUACCCCAUCCCAGCCCUCCGAGCCACUCCCAUGCGCCGAGCUGCUGGCACCAUCCUGCCGGCCCGGAGGAGUUUCCUGCCCAGUCGAGGGGCCUCUUUGAUCCGAAGGGCCCGCCCCCUGGAGAGGCCAGCUGGCCCUGGGCCCAUGGCCCCCAGCAGCAGGGCUGCCAGGAGCAGCCACAUCACAUCCCUCCUUCGAUCUUCCUCCCUGACACCCCCUGGUGCUGUGGGACCUGCUGCCCAUGUGGCUGUUCUUGCCCCCAGCCCCUCUUCCCCAGGGCCGCGUGGGAGGCCUGCGGGAGCUGUACUUUGCCGUUCCUGGGUCUCUGAAAUCACUGAAAUCGGGGCUUUCUGAGAUGGCACUCCUUACCCAGGAGUGAGGAAAGUCCUUUUUCCAGCAG